AUGUCAGAUCCGAUACUUGCCAAUUUAGACACGUUACCACCGGAAAUCAUUCAGCUAAUCGUGGAUUAUAUUCCACUAACCAGUCAAAGGUCACUUGUUGAUUUUCAACUAUUUCGCAAAUUUGUUCUACCUAAAUUGCUAUCAGAUAUACAUGUUUUACAAGGUGGUUUACUGGUGAUUCGAGACCCAUUUAAGGAAUAUUUCAAUCCGGAUGACCCAUAUAAACUUGGAUUAAAAGAAUAUACUCCAAUAUGUGGUUAUCAAGAGUAUGAAACGAUCAAGUCGGAACCAUUAUACUUAGCAAACUCAAUCUCCUUAAUUAAGAUAGUGGAAAAGUAUGGUGUGUUUCCGCAGUCAAUAAGCUUUGAAGAUCAUUUGUCCUUUUUUGAAAUUUUGCAGCUGUUUCCGGAAAUUAUUGCCAAUGCUAAACAGAUCUAUAUCCGAAUGAUGAAUUUAAAUCCGAUCUCGCGCACUAGUAAUAGCUGGAGACUGAUAUUAAACCUGGUAUCGGCAUUACCUUUAAAUAUAACUACUUUAGAGUUGAUUUCCGUGCCUAUUGACAAUAUUCAAUUUUCUUCGACUUUGAAUGAAUUAAUUUAUCAAGGGAAAAUAAGAGAUUGCAAGCGCGUAUUUGAAUGGCUCACCAACUUGACUAGGCUUACAUUACGCGGAGUUCAAAUCCAACAAAUUGAUUUGUCAAGUCUUCCUGACAACAUUGAGUAUUUAAAUAUUGCUGAUUUGAAAAUAACUCAACCCAAUUUGCAGCUACCUAAAUCUUUAAAAGAAUUAAUUGUACUGACAGCAACAGCUGAGCUUUCGGAUUUAUAUACAAGCUUCAGCUUGAAAUUUCCGCCCUUGGAAGAGUUUCGUCGGUUUGAGUUCUCAUGUGACGAACUAACAAAUUUAACUACAAUUUCAUUACCAAUGUGUGUUGAAGAGCUUGUCUUGAGAAAGUGUCGCAACUUAUUCUUGGUAGAAAGCUUAGAGAAAUACGUUAAUCUUCGUACAUUCGAAUGGCUUGGUGCUUUGUUGUCACCCAGUUUUUAUUUAUUAAGUCCAAUUCCACCAAAUUUAGAAAGGUUAAUUAUAGAUGGUGAUAAUGCAAAGACUUCUAUGGUAAUAAAUAUAUUAGCGAGAGCAAUGCCGCUGUAUUUCUAUUCCAUAUAUGGCAUGUAUACAUUUAGAGUUGGUACUGAAUUUAAAUUACCAGAAUCAUUGAAAGAAUUAUCUAUAAGGAAUUGUCAAUUCCUUGAAAUCAAUUGUGAACUGUUGGCAUUACCUACUAAUUUGAAAUCCAUAACUUUGGAGAAUUUGGCUGGAUUUGUAGGCUAUUUACAAGAGCUUGCCUUACCCUCCCUGAUAACAUAUCUUAAUUUUUCCCUGAUGAAGAUAGAUUUUAUUGAUAGAGUGGUUUUUCCAGCUAGUUUAAGAAAAUUAUAUCUUGAUGAUAAUAAAUUAAGAAGAGUUAGUGAAACAGCGAAUCUUAGACAAUUACAGCAUCUACAAAAGGUAAGUCUCACUGGAAAUAGUCUUGAAUCAAAUUACACAGUAUCAAUAAAUUUACCUAAAACUAUAACCCAUAUUCAAAUUAAUGAUACACCUGUUUUAAUGGAGAUGCCAUUUGAUAAUAUGAAGCAAUUAACGGUACCAGUACUGGUUACCAAAAGUUCAUAUCUAUCACUCAAUGCUAAUCUUGAAGUUUUAGUAAUUAAGAAUAAUUUUGAAUUCAAUGAAGAUUUUAGAUUGCCUGCUAAUUUACGAAUAUUAAUUCUUGAUGAAGUUCCUAACUUGAAGAUUUCAAAAUCUGAGUGGUUGGAAAACCUACCAGAAAAUUUACAAGAAAUUAGAAUAUCAGUAAGCAAAAGAGGUAGUUGUGAAAUACUGCCGCUCUUGCAAACUGUUAAAUUUCCCAGUAGUUUAAGGUUGUUGACAUUACAAAAUCUUAAUAUUCUGAGCGAAACCUAUUCAAAAUUUGAUUUCCUGGAAUGUACCAAGUUAUCGUCCAUGCAAAUUGACAACGGGAAUGUUUCUGAAAUAGAUUUAAAUUGUCUUCCAGAAUUUUUAACUGAUCUUAAGUUGCAAAAUUUAAAAAUUCACAAUUUUAUCGGAAAUUUUGCUAGAUUCAUCAACCUAAAAUCACUAUUCUUAUCUGGUAACAAGUUACGAAAAUAUGUUACUUGCAAUAAUUUGAUUUUACCACCAUCAAUUGAGGAUUUGAGUUUAAUGCAAUGUAAUAUCAAAACGAUUGAGAUUAGUAAUAUUCAAGAAUGUAAAGUAAUGCGGCAAGUCAAUUUAUCCAAAAAUUCAUGGAUGGAUCCAGUUAAGGUUGCUAAUGUUGCUAGAGAGCUUAAUAAAGUGAGUCAUGAAUUCAGUUGUGUGUUGGUUGAUGAUGUUAUCAUGGACGAUGAUUUAAUAUUAAUGCAGCGAAAUUCAAAACUAACAUUCAACUUUCAAGCUGAGGGGGAAAGUUUAAAGGAUUAUUCCUUGAUAUAUUCUUGUCCAACUGGUAUACGCUGUCGUGAAGAAGAAUAUGAAGAAACUGAUAAUUCUGAAGAUGAAAUGUAA